AUGGUGAAGUUGCUGAUGGAUGAGAGAGAUGCGGAGAGAGCAGCCCGAGAAGCCAUGGAAAAGAAGAACAGAGAAACAUUACCUGUGAUGAACAUGUUCAAUCAUGGGAAUAUGAUCACUUUUCCUAACGGCCCUCGUAUUGAUGCUAACAAUUUUGAGUUACGCAUGCCCCUUAUCCAAAGGGUCGAGCAAACUCCUUUUGCAGGUAGGGCGACUGAAGAUGCUAACCGCCAUCUCUCCAAAUUCGUGGAAAUCGCAAACACUCUGAAAUUAAAUGGUGUCGACGACGAUGCCAUACGGGUAAGACUUUUUCCAUUCUCAUUGAUUGAUUCUGCUAAGGAGUGGUUUGAGUGUAUGCCACCAGAAAAGGUCUCCACAUGGAAGGACAUCGUAGCUACCUUCCUCGACAAAUACUACCCGCCAGGCACUAUUUUGAAGCUCAAAAGUGAGAUCUUUCAGUUCACACAAGGCCAUGACGAGCCCCUCUAUGAGGCAUUUGCUCGUUUCAAAGCUCUUCUUCGAAAGUGCCCAAACCAUGGUUUUUCCAUAGACCAUCAGGUAGGAAUCCUCUAUAAUGGAUUUAACGAGAAAAUAUGUGCUAUGCUUGAUUCAGGGGCAAAUGGAGGAUUUCUAAGAAAGACAGGAGAGGAUGCCAUGGCGGUGAUCGAGGAGUUCGCCACCAACAGUCGGGGGUGGUCGAAGGAAAGGCAUGCCACGAGAAGAGUAGCAGCCAUAGAAGAGGCCGAAGAAAGUUCUUUUGCUAAGGAGUUAGCAGAACUUAGAGUCAGGAUUGAUCAAAUGGACAUCUCGAGGAAGGAAGAUCCAAUUCCGGCAACUUCCAUAGUGGCGGUCAAUGCACCCGAAACUGCCAUAUCAACUGUGGAAGAAAUAAACUACGUGCAAGGAGGCGGUCCCAGAAACUACAAUAACAAUUAUCGCCCUAAUCAGGGGGGCGGCAAUUUCAAUAAUUAUAAUGGGAACCGUCCGCACCCAAAUCUUUCUUAUUCUAACAAUAAUUACUUGCAACCCCCUGCAGGAUUUAAUGUUAGCAAAGGAGGAGUGGUUGAGCCGAUGAAGAAGGAAGACAAGUAUGAACAAGGAAUCACGAAGAUCUUGGAAGUAAUUACGCAAGAUAGGAAGAUUAAUGACACCAAGAUCGGAGUGGUCGAAGCAAGGAUAAACAACCUCGAGCAAGGAAUGAACACAAUCUCGGCAGCUGUAACCAAUAUUACCACUCAAAUGGAGCAAAUUCAGAAGAAGUUAGAUGAGGAUAGAGCAAAGGCAGCAGCAAGAGUGGAUGAUAUUGCCGCAGACCACGCAGCGGCCCGCCACUGA